UGGGACCCAGGCUGUAUCCUACCACGCAGGUUUCAGUGACAACGACAGAAUCUCUAUCCAGGAAAAGUGGCUCAGUGGACAGCGAUGUAAGGUUAUAUGUGCCACCAUUGCCUUUGGAAUGGGGAUUGACAAACCUGAUGUCAGAUUUGUUAUUCAUUACUCCUUACCGAAGUCAGUGGAGGGAUUUUAGCAGGAGGCUGGGCGAGCCGGGAGGGACGGACUACUAGCCCACUGUAUAAUGUACUACACGUACCAGGACGUCAAAAGACUAAGGAGAAUUAUAGAGAUGGAUCAGGCAGCCACAUUUGAUUCCAAAAGAGUUCAUAUAGACAACCUCUUCAGGAUGGUACAGUACUGUGAGAACGUGGCAGACUGUCGACGAUCACAGCUGCUUAAUUACUUUGGAGAGAGAGACUUUAAUAGAGAGGAGUGUAGGAAUUUCCGUGGAGCCAUUUGUGACAACUGUGUGUCUAAGGAAUCCUUCCAACUCCGUGAUGUCACAGAUGAUGUCAAGGAGAUUGUGAAAUGUGUGAAGGAUCUGACCGUCAAUGGAAGACGGGGAAACGACUACACCCUUAUCUACUUUGUGGAUAUAUUUAGAGGAGCUAAAACUGGUAAAAUUUCUGAUGCUGGGCAUGACAGGAUACCCCUUCAUGAUCGUGGUAAAAAUUACAGCAGGGCUGAUCCUGAAAGACUGCUGAGAAAAUUGGUUAUUGACGCCAUUUUACACGAGGAUCUAAAAAUUACUGCGGCAGACACCACAGCUUGUUAUAUCAGGCUUGGACCUAAAGCCAAUGAUGUGAUGAUGGGAAAACGCAAGGUAGAGUUACAGGUACAGGGCAGUAGGAAGAGAACUGAAGUGGCUAAGAUUGGUAAAGAACCCAUCAGUAAACGAGAGAAUGUGAUCGAAGAAUGUCUCAACGAACUGCUAGAAAUGGCAAAGACAAUCGCUGCUGAGCAUGGCCUACGUAACUACGCAACUGUAUUCCCAAUUUUAACCCUGCGACAGUUCGCAGAAAAGACUCCACUCACUGUAGAUGAGAUGACGGCAAGUAUCGAUGGUUUGCCGAAAGCCAAAGUCAACAAAUAUGGAGCUGAGAGAUUCCUUGAAAUCACCAAGAAUUAUCAUCUAAUCCUCUCGAAUUUACAACAAGAGGAGGAGGAGGUGGAAUCCGAUGUUCCGGAAUGGGAGUCUCCCUACUUUGUUGACGAGUCAGCAGGUUCAUCAAACACGGGCAGAAAGAGGGGGGCCUACAAAAAGGUACUUCUAAAGCAACAUGCAUAUGACGUCAGAGCCCUAGACGCACCAAAUGUCACUGGAUUUUCUGACAAAGGGAGCAAAUUUUCAGCAUACAAAUUCUCCAGAGGGUCAUCAAAGAAGGUCCCAAGUGCUGGAAAAAACCAGAGGGGUGGAUCAAGCAGUUCUAGAGGUGGCUCCAUUAGUUCCAGGGGUGGCUCCAUUAGUUCCAGGGGUGGCUUAGGAUUUAUGCCAGUCCCACAACCUAAGCGGUCAUUUCUGGGUGGUGGGGCUGGUACUUACUUUUAA